AUGAGAUUAGCAACUGAAAUUGAUUUCAAACUUAACAAUGGUAAGACCAUUCCUGCCUUAGGAUUAGGUACUGUUGCUUCUAAAGAUCCUAAAGAUGUUAAAGAUCAAGUGAUCACUGCUGUUAAAGCAGGAUAUCGUCAUAUUGAUACAGCUUGGUUUUAUGGUACUGAAAAAUAUAUUGGUCAAGCAUUACAAGAAUUAUUUGAUGAAGGAGUUGUUAAAAGAGAAGAUUUAUUUAUUACGACGAAAUUUUGGCCAUCAUAUUGGGCUAAUCCGGAAAAAUCAUUAGAUGAAUCUUUAAAAGAUUUACAACUUGAUUAUGUUGAUUUAUUUUUACAACAUUGGCCUAUUUGUUUACAUGGUGAUGAAAAUGGAUUACCAAAAAUACCAAAAGAUGAAAAUGGUGAAUUGAUUUAUGAUGAUGAUCCAACACCAAAUGGUACUAAAUUCAUUGAUGUUUAUCAUAAAUUAGAAGAUAUUUUAGAUACUACUACAAAAGUUAAAUCAAUUGGAGUUUCUAAUUAUUCAAUUCCAAAACUUCGUCAAUUAUUACCUAAAGUGAAAAAACAUAUCCCUGUUUGUAAUCAAAUUGAAUAUCAUCCACAAUUGCCUCAACAAGAUUUAGUUGAUUAUUGUGCUAAACAUGAUAUAUUGAUUUCUUGUUAUUCGCCAGUUGGUAGUUAUGGAGCUCCAGUUUUAAAAAUCCCAUUAAUUAAAGAAUUGGCUGAGAAAUAUCAAGUUACAGAGAAUGAAAUUGCUGAUGCUUAUAAUAUUUUGAAUGGUAGAGUUACAUUACCAAGAUCUUCUAAUCUUGAAAGAAUUAAAACCAUUAUUAGAUUACCAGAUUUGACUAAAGAAGAAUUGGAUGAAUUGUAUCAAGUUGGAGUUAAAGAUCCUCAAAGAUAUAUUUGUGAUCCUUGGGGGUAUGGUAUUGGUUUCCGUUGGUGGAAAGGUGAUACUUUAAGUAAAGAAUUUGAUUAG